UUUUUUUUUGGUUGUUUGUCUGUUUUUUUUUGGCGCGCUGCCCGAGCCGACAGAGUUUGCGGUAACUUUUUGCAUAAAAACCUGGCGACGUCCAGAGAUUCUGUACAGUUCUCUGGAACUUUGCUUACAAUUAGGUAGGACAAUACACGCAGCAGCGCCGCGCACAGAUUACACAGUUAGCAGGAGACCCGAGCCCAACCAUGUCGAAGCUAAGCGCCCUGUUCGUGCUCAGCUGCCUGCUGGCCCUGGCCAUGGCCCUGCCGGAGGCCCGCCUACAGCAGCGCCAGCAAUUGCGCCAGCAGCAGCAGCAGAAGCUGCAGCAUCCAUAUCUCUUCUUCAGCGUGCCGCGGGGACGCGCCAAUGCCGGCGCCGUGGUGCAGGGCUUUGAGGUCGUUGAGGAUCUCGACGACGUGGAGAGCGACGAUGAUGACGACGAUGCCGAUGAGGGCAACAGCAUGCCACUGCGACGCCUGCAGCACAGCUUCGCCGACGACGAUGACGAUGACGAUGAUCAGAUGAUCGAUGAUGAUGACGACGAUGUUGAUGAGCUGCCGGUGCAGCGCGGCUUCGCACGCAACGGCCAGUUGGUGCUGUUGAACGAUGAGGACGACGAGCAGGACGAUGAGGACGACGAGGACGCACAGCUGCCCGUGCUGCUGGCCAAGCCCAGUGCAGCCCGCAAGGCGGCCGGCGUCAGCGGCCAGCAGCUGCUGAAGAACGCCAAGCCCACGCAGAUGAUGGUGGCCAGGGACCAGGCCGGCGCCAUCAUGGUGCCCGACGGCAUCAUCGAGAUCGAGGGCCAGAGCGUGGUCGACGAGAAGACCGGCAAGGCGGCCCUCCUCGUGCCACGCGCCGCCCUCGACUCCAUUCCCGAUGGCGCCGUUGUCGCCCUGAUGGAGCGCUCGAGCGCCAGCGACUCGAGCGUCGGCGAGGAGCGCGCCAAUCGCGUCAUCGUGCGCCGCCGCAAGAUCGCCGGACGCCGCAAUGUCCGGCGUCGUCGUCGCGGCGGCCGUCCGGUCCGCCGUCGCGCCGGUGGCCGUCGCCGUCGCGGCAACCGUCGCAACGUCCGCGUCAUCCGGCCCGGCGGCAAUCGGCGACGGGGCAACCAGCGUCGUCGUGUCGCCCUCCAGGGCUAACCCCGAACCCGAACCCAAACGGCUAGCCCACAGCAACUCCCUAGUAUUAUAGUUAAGAGCCAAACCCCAGGACCCUCAGCACUUGCGACCCAUAU